AGCUGAAGCAGAUCACCUGGCUGAGUACUGUAGGGUUGUUGAUGGUGAUCUUUGGGGAUUGUCUGAGGAAAGCGGCCAUGCUCACAGCUGGCUCCAACUUCAACCAUAUUGUUCAGAAUGAGAAAUCGGAUACUCAUACUUUGGUGACAAGUGGGGUGUAUGGGUGGUUCCGGCACCCGUCUUACGUGGGAUGGUUUUACUGGAGUAUUGGAACACAGGUGUUACUCUGCAAUCCCAUCUGCGUGGUGGGCUACGCGCUGGCGUCCUGGCGCUUCUUCAGGGAGCGGAUCGAGGAGGAGGAGAUCACGCUCAUUCACUUCUUUGGAGAAGAGUACCUGGAGUACAAAAGGAAGGUGCCAUCGGGUCUCCCUUUCAUUAAAGGAGUCAAAGUGGAACUGUAA